AAACUUUGAAUAUCUCAUUUCCUACUCUAAUGCAUUAGUAAAUUAGCAAUAGCAUGGCAUUUCCUCAAAGAGCUAAGCCAUCAAGACAUAUCUCCAACAGACUCCUCCAGUCACUCCCUUAAAGUCAGAAGAAGUGUUACAAAAGAUGACCCUCCUUCCUAGAGGUUUCAUUCUGAAAAAGCAGUUUUUUGCAAGCCUAGUUCUGAGUCAUCCUGUGGGACGGAAUGCCUAUGCCAUGUGCUGGAACAAAGAUAAUGCUGCAAGGACUGGCUACUUUCUCUACUCUCAAGGCUGCUAAAAGUCCUUACUUAGGCCUUUGAUCUCUCCUGGGAGUCUUCGAAUUCAAGCAGAGGCCAAUGUCUUCCUCAGCUGUCUUCUCCACAAAUUCUUCCAGCAGCUUUGGCAGUUCCACUCACCCGCGGCACUCUGGUAAAUUUGUUUGAGAUCACCUUACCAAAGACAGCCCUAACCUCUGAGAACCACCGUUCCUGACAGAGCCUCCUGAGUGACAGCGUCUUUCCCAGCCCCGGAGCCGAGGGAAAGCUGUCGGGGACCGGCGUUUGCGGGUUUCUGCUCCGGAGCUAAGGACGCGCAGUGAGAACGAAUUGAUUCAAGGAAAAAAACAAACGAAAUUCACCUCUAGGAGCGCAAGCUCUCCAAGGGGAUGCCUAGUUUCCAAUUCUGUGUGACCGGGGGGCAAAUGGCUUACUCCUUGUGCUUGGUUACCUUCUUUUAAUAAUGGGUCCAGUUACAGUCGCCACAAAAUUGUUGUAAGUCAUAGACGAGUGAAUCCAUGGAAAGGGUUGGGAACAGUGCUUGGCAAAUAGAAAAUUCUUAAUGAUUGUUUGCUCCACACAUCCCACGCUGAGCAGUUUGGGUGCAAAGCACAUUAGGUGCCUGGUGGAAAAAAAUCAGCUGAAAGGCAAGAUAACUUCUAUCUUCCACUUAAAGUUUAUUUGUGCCCAGAUCUUAAAUCGGCACACAACUCAGUUUUAGCUUCGGCCAGUGUGUGAACUUCUGGACUCUCUAGGCAAAGAAAGUGGUACUAUUGCUGCUGACCAGAACCUGUGGGACUUGGCUGAGAAUUCCCAGAUGAGAAUAUCUACCCGUGACUGUGUCUGAGAGGUAGCAAUGUGCAUGGUUUGGAAUGUUUCCACCCGCUUGGAUGAGUCCUUUAGGAACUUAAUUCUUUUAUCUGGUGUAGCCCCGGGUACCUAUUCAUUUCAAAGGCAUCCACUUGUUAAUAGUCCUAAAUACGGUACAGAUGAAUUUCCCACAGGCCUACUAAGCAGCCCGUUGGUAUGAAAGGGCCUGAUUUUUGAGUGUGGAUGGUGAUGGUGGUGGUGUCUUUGUCUUAGAGAUGACAGAACUUGGAAGAGAGGGCUGAGGCGGGGGCAUCUGUAGCAAACCUUGGUGACUGACACUCUCCCACCUCUGGCUUCUGGGACCUUCACUUUGGAGUACAGAUUUCACCUGAAAAAAGUUAAUACUGCUCUGGCUCCUGCAGACAGGGAUCUGCCUGCCAGGGAUGCUUUCGGAAAAUAAUUUUAGGAAAAAGUAAUAGAAAAGAAAGCUCCCCCAGCCCCCAGUACGUUCGGAGUCACAACAGUCACUGGACUGUAUGACCCAAGAUCAAGCCACCAAAGUUUCAAAGACCCUGCUGUGAUUGCUUUUCUGGAAGGCUUUUGUCGCCAAAGUGUGUGAAGUUUCUCGGAUUGGAGGAGUUGGAAAUUUUACACGAGCCAAGAAGGAUUGCUGUGCCGGCAGCUGGGACGCAUCUGUAACGGUGUUAGUUUGCCUGAAAGCAGAAAAUUAGCGACCCCAAAGCCCUGCUUGGCUGUUUAGUCUGUAGAAACGACAGGGCGGAGCAGAAAGAGAGGGAGAAGGGAGACGCGCCCCUGGAGAGAAGUUCGCCGUCUAAAACUGGGUUUCUUAGAAUACAGAUCUUAAGAGGCGCAGUCAGUGUGUAUCUUCCGCCGGCUCAGGGCCCAUCAAAGGUCUGGCGCAAAAGAGGAGGCGCUCAGCAAACAUGCGCAUAAGCGGGAAAGAGAGGAAGGGAGGUGUGUUCCUGGCCACCUGGCCCUCCUGUGCCCAUGCCUUUUGGAUGAGCAUAGAGAGAGAACUCAGAGCGGGCUCUGUCUUGGGGAAAAGGAACCUCCCCCUCCCCGCUUACCCCCAAUAACACAGAGCCUACAAAAUGGCAAUAUGAUGAGAAACAAAACAGAUUUUUAAAAAAAUCUAGAUCCACUCCAUUAUUGAAAGUGCCACUUCAAGUUUUAGCGACCGUUAUUUGGCCUACGGGCUGAAAAAAUGCCUGACACAACUAAAGUUCAUGAAGAAGAGAAACACCUGAAAAUAAAGUGAUUCCCUCAUGUCCCGGACUGGGAAGGCAGGUCCGCUUUUGGUGUCAGCUGAAGUAGGGAGUUCUAUUUACUAAUUAUCUUUUUUUUUAAUGUGAGAGCAAUCGUACAAAGUUGAUUUCCUUCGUUCCUUUUGUCUGUGACACCCUUUAAGUGUCCCUUGGUUUAGGUAAUCUAGAGUGUGCAUGCAAGUAAGCGGGUUGGGGAGCCAUCCAUCACCCCCGCCCCAGCAGAAAUGCAGUAAAACCAUUAGCGUCAAAAGGGGCAGUAAACAGCAAGUUGUCUCUAGAGGAAAGGCGGAGGUUUGCCCAGACAGCCCCGGCGGGGGUUGCGGUGGGAUAUGCUAAUAGUACGGGGCCACUGGGGCCGGCCUCCCUUCCCCAAGAAUAUAUAAAGAGCCUCAACCCCAGCGCGGCCGACCCAGGCCGCCAGGCUUCUGCCCUUGUUAAUUACCGGAGAAACCAACCAGGGAGCUCCGCCCGGGACUCGCCUGCCCGCAGCGGCGCCGGGCUCCGGUUUCUCCGCUAUCUCGCUGCCGCCCAGGUGCACCUCGUGCCUCUCCGCAGAAGAUGGACAUGAUGGAUGGCUGCCAGUUCUCGCCUUCUGAGUACUUCUACGAUGGCUCCUGCAUCCCGUCCCCCGAGGGCGAGUUCGGGGACGAAUUUGAGCCGCGAGUGGCUGCCUUCGGGGGGCACAAAGCAGACCUGCAGGGCUCAGACGAGGACGAGCACGUGCGAGCACCUACGGGCCACCACCAGGCCGGCCACUGCCUCAUGUGGGCCUGCAAAGCAUGCAAGAGGAAGUCCACCACCAUGGAUCGGAGGAAGGCGGCCACCAUGCGUGAGCGGAGACGCCUGAAGAAGGUCAACCAGGCUUUCGAGACGCUCAAGCGCUGCACCACAACCAACCCCAACCAGAGGCUGCCCAAGGUGGAGAUCCUCAGGAAUGCCAUCCGCUACAUUGAGAGCCUGCAGGAGCUGCUGAGGGAACAGGUGGAAAACUACUACAGCCUGCCGGGGCAGAGCUGCUCUGAGCCCACCAGCCCCACCUCCAGCUGCUCUGACGGCACGCCCGAAUGUAACAGCCCUGUCUGGUCCAGAAAAAGCAGCAGUUUUGACAGCGUCUACUGUCCUGAUGUACCAAAUGUAUAUACCACGGAUAAAAGCUCCUUAUCCAGCUUGGACUGCUUAUCCAGCAUAGUGGAUCGGAUCACCAACUCAGAGCAACCUGGACUGCCUCUCCAGGACCCAGCCUCUCUCUCCCCAGUUGCCAGCACCGAUUCUCAGCCUGCAACUCAAGGGGCCUCUAAUUCCAGGCUCAUCUAUCAUGUGCUAUGAACUAAAAAUCUAGUCUAGAUCAUUUCUGCCAGGAGGGCCUAUUACACAGGAGGAAAGAGGCCCCAAAAGUCCAAAAGCAAGACAACCUGUAAAUAAACAUUUCCUUUCAGUUGUAAAUUUGUAAAUAUUAUCUUGCCACUUUAUAAGAGAGUGUAUUUAACUAAAAAGUCACUGUUGCAAUUAAUAAUUUCUUUUCUUCUUUUCCUUUGUCUUGCUUUAGAUAUAUAGUUCCAGAGAUACUAUUUCUUAUAGGGGGCAGCUCAUCAAAGGUAGCUUGUUGCAAUGCUUAACUUAUAUUUUUUUACAAAUAUUGCUUAUCAAAAUAUUACAUCUGAUGUUUAGAGCUUUAUUUUUCUCUUUAAAAAACUUUAGAAUAGCUGUAAAUCAGUUAUAGGGAGUUUUAUAUAUAUUUAACUUUUUUGCUUGUCUCUUUAAUCCUUUGAUUAUAUUGUGUUAAAUAAAAAUAUAACAAUACUGCCUAAUGGUAUAUAUUUUGAUCUUUUCUUAUAAGAAAUGCAUCUUUUUAAUGUAAGCACAAAAUAGUAUUUUGUGGAUGAUUUCAAGAUAUACGAGAUUUUGGAAAUUCCACCACAAAUAAAAUUGUUUAAAUGA